AUGCAUGGCUACGUUUUCCCAGGUGAUACUCACCCUUGGCCAAGGUAUCGUGUAGACGCCAUCACGCAUAGAGAUAACGCGAUCCUUCCGAUGUCCGCAUGCGGCCGGCUUACAGAUGAGACCCACACCCUCAUUGGCGCCCUCGCAGCAGCGGAGAUUGGCAGGCUUCUUACAGACAUCGGGCUUCCCGUUUUGCAUUGUUCAUCCCCAUUCAUCUCACAAGUCACCUGGGUUGCCGUGCAGUUCGAUAGCGCCAAGCUUCCCGGGCUGGGCCUUUCCCCAGAAGAGCUGAGAAAAAAGGUCGGCGAUGUCAUCUUCUAUCAUAAGGCUGGCUACACUAUACACAGAUUGGUGUUACUCGGAUCAGACAUCGAUGUUUUCGAUGACAAGGAUGUUAUGUGGGCGUUUGCCACCAGAUGUCGUCCCAACGACGAUGAGACCUUUUACAGCGAUUGUAAAGGAUUCCCCUUGAUCCCCUACAUGUCGCACGGGUUCCACUCUCCCGUCAAAGGCGGCAAAGUAGUGUCCGACGCUUUGAUGCCCGCCGAGUAUGAAAAAGGACAGAAAGACUGGGUUGCAGCUGAUUUCAAAAACUCUUAUCCUCAAGACCUGAAAGACAAGGUCAUGGCAAAUUGGAGACAGUAUGGAUUUGCCCAGGAGUACGCAAAGAACUAG